ACUGGGCUGGGAAUGUUUCAUCUCACUGCGCAUGCGCGGCCCGUGAUGAGUAGUUAAUGCGCGGCAGCUGCGCACGCGCUGUGCCGCGUGCACACUACCGACACACAGAGAAGACACACAAUGCUGGAGAUAAAGAUGGAGGAGUGUGUGAGUCGAGGUCUCUCCUCUGAUUUGGCAUCCUUGCUUCGCUGUGAAGGUCUGACCACCAUCACGCUCACCAGGCUGGACCAGCUGGUCACCAAGAGUGUGAGUGGUUCUGGGUUCAGCAGAGUUCUGGUCGUGUUGAAGUCUUUAGAGAUUCUGUGUGAGAACAGAGAGGAGCUGCAGACGCUGAUCCACCUCGGACUCACGGCUAAAGUGGUGUCGUGGUUCUCAGCCAUCCAUCAACCGUUGACCUCUGACCUCCAGAGGAACGCCACGCCACUGCUCAACCUCGCCGACGCCUUCUACGACUACUUCCUGCUGCUGUGUCAAACCUCUCUUCCAGUCAGUCAGCUGUCUGUGGUUCUUCUCCAGUUGGCUCGGUUCGCUCUGGAUCAAGAUAUCCACUUUCCUCUGAGACUUGAGGCCAUCCGAACGUUUAACAGCAUCCUGGAGUUUCUGAGCCGCGAGCAGCGGAGACAGAUCCAGAUGGACCAGAACCAGACGCCAAUACUGUCUCAGGUGGCAGCAGCAGUUCUGACAGUUGGAGACUACGAGCUGCAGGUCAGCCUAUCAGAGGCUCUGUGUCGUCUGACUCCCAGGAAGGAGCGAGAGCACAGAGCCAAUCAGUGGUUCUCCUGCCGUGACAUCAGCAGAGCCUUCUGUGACAUCAGAGACGUAGACUUUGAGGUGGACUGUCGGCGUUUCCUGAACUUUGUGAACCGUUACCAUGGUGACCAGAGGAGAGUCUACACCUUCCCCUGUGUCAGAGCAUUCCUGGAUUCCACUGAGCUGUUUCGUCCUAAAGACGAGAAACUGGACGAGUUCUGGAUCGAUUUCAACGUCAGCUCAGGAUGUGUCAGCUUCUUUGUUGAUGAGCCUCAGGGCUUCCUGUGGGGAUCGAUCCACCUGCUGAAGGAGGAAGUGGACCGUUACAGUCUUUACCUGAAACAAGACGGAUGCACUGGGGCAGAGACGGUCCUCAGCGUGCAGCUGAACACUCCAUCAUGCACCAGAACAGCCGAGGUCGUACGGUGGAGCUGAACUUGACCCCGAACACCACAGAGACCUGGAGGAGGCUGCUGGGAGGGUCUUCAUGAAAGUAAAGAGUUCGUCCCCUCUCAAAGCUCCAGGUGGUACAGUCCAGGUGUCUCCGUCUGCAGAGCGACCCAACGGUCGCUGCUACGGCAGGAAGAAACCACAGAGCAAGAGUCAUCUGAAGAUCUUGCCUCUGUCAUCUCCGAGCAGGUGAAGACGA